AUGCCUCGACAGACGGACCUCUCCCACAUAAGCUCGCUGCCAAGCAACAUCAGCGACGAAAAGUACCAAGCAUUCGUCAACGCAAACAAGGAGCUUAUAACGAACAAGUUCUUGCUCACGCGCGAUGAUUUCGACUUGAGGAGCACCCGGUCGGAGCCUCGUGGACGUCUCCCGGGUCAGCCCUUGAACGCAGCGACAAGCCUCCGAGAAGUGAGACGGGCCGCGCCGACGCGACGACCAGUCGCCGCUGCCCCCGCGAGCAAGAGAACCGCCGGACGACGAAAUACCACAUAUGUUGAUUUGGUUGACGAGGAGGAAGAGGGUGGAGAAGAAGAGGAGGAGCAGGAGGAGGAGGAGCAGGAGGAAGAGCAGGAGGAGGAGAUACUGGAAGAGGAGGAGGAGGACCUGGAGCAAGACGUCCCCGAGACCAUGGUUAACAAGGAGAGAGUGCGCGUUGCCAUUCGCAACUUUGUCGUGUCUUCCGAGAGCACGGCUCGUGCGGAGGUGGAAAUGCGCCUGGCUCUGUACGAAAUGCUCCGGCACGGCGUCGAAGACGUUGAUCCUGAGCCGGAGGUGGUCGCCGGCCCCAGCCACCAUCGACCCCAGGCCACCAAGUCGACACCGGCCAAGUCAACACCAGCCAAGUCAACACCAACCAAGGCCAAGCUCAAGACAACCAAGAAGACAGUCAAGGGCAAGGGCAAGGGCAAGAUGACAGCCCGGGCGACCAGGGAGCGGGACAUUGAUGACCUGAUGAACCUGUUCUAG